AUGGUGAAUGCCACAGGACCUCAGUGUUCCUGCGCGCGAGCAGACGAGUCCAACUGGCAGGACCUGCGGCCAUGGAGUUCAGAGGGAGAGGACACGCUGCCGCUUCUGGCCGGCAUUUACAUCCUGGAGGCCCGCGUCCGGUCUGCGGAUGGUGGAAUGACACGGGCCUGCCGGGUGGCCAUCGGAUUUUGCCGUGGCGCAGCAAAGCAGGUGCCUGAUGUGAUCCAUGCACUGAUCACCAGCAGGCAAGUGGAAACUACCCAGAAGUUUACACAGGAGGUGCUGCAGGGAGCACUGCUGCGCCAUGCCACGCUGCUUUGCCAAUCUCUUCUUGAUGCCAGGUGUGACGUGUCGAAUCAAGGCUGGAUUCCAGCAGACGACAACAACAGCAGUCAUGGACACCCGAAAGUGAUGGACCACAAGCUGGAAGGCACUCGGAGCCUGCUCAAUGCCGACACGAUCGAGGACCACUUCCGGGCUGAGAGCGCUGCGGGCAGCUACGACUUUGAGGGGCUGCCCGAAUGGAGAGUGGAGGACGGCACCUCAGGCCGAAGUCCGCGGCUCUGCCAGGGAGCACCAUGGCCUGGUGGCCCCUCCUUAGCAGAGGUGUCAGGCUUCCUGCUUGCCGAAACCGAGCGCGGGCACUUGCAGGUUGUGGAGGCAGAUGGCCGCGAGGAGGGCGCCGACGUGGCAGCGCGCCUCGCGAAGCUCACCGCGGCCGCAGGUGUGCAGGCCAUCCCUAUUCUUGGGGACUUGUCCUGGGCAGGCUCCAGCAUUGCAAAGUUCUCCUUUGAGCGGAAGGCCCUUGCUGAAAAAGGCUGGCCCGAACUCACUGGCUGCCCCCAGGUGUGGCAGGUGAAUAGCGCUUCGUCCGUGUUCACCAACCACAUUAUCACAGUGGGUCGCGGCACUCGGGCGACGAUCUCUGGAGACGACCAUGAGAUCCACUGCAUCCACCGUGAUUGGGAGAACGGCCUUUUAGACUCUAUGCUCCUUGGGGCCGUGGGCCGCAAGGAGGUUAUCCUACUGGCUCCAGAUGAGCUGGGCACAGAUCCUCGGAUGCCUUGGAAAUCAAAUCCGAACUGCGAUCGUGCGUCAGACCUCCGAGGUCGCGAAGGCGAGGACUUCUGGUCAGCCCUUCGGCAGCUGGCGCAGCGGGAGGACGUGCGCGGUGGCCGGGUGGAGCUGGGCCCAGGGGAUGCGCUGUUCAUCCCCCACGGCUGGUGGCAUGCGGUGCGACCACUGGAUCCUUUCACCGUGAUUACAGGCCUGGCAAAACGACCAGACGCUUGUGCAGAGGUGUCGGUUACGGACUCCAACGCCGCGUCCGCCAUCGAGUCUGCUUCAGUGGAGGAGGCUGCAGAUCUCAUCGCUGCUUGGACUUCUGAUGCGUCUCGGUCGAUGGCCACUCUCCGUGCCCUGGGCAGACCCGAACUCGUGGUGACGAGCCUAGAGUCCAUCUCUACCGAGUUUCCGCGUGCCGACGCCCUGGCACAGGCCAGUUUGAAUCUAGUUUAA